GUAUUUUUGUUCUGUGCUGACAGCCAACUGCCAAAAAUUAAAAUCAAAUACUACAAAAUUACAAAUAAAUCAGCACAAAUUAUCUAACAACAAAAUCCGUAAACAAAUAAUUUAAUGUAAGAGUGAUCUGUGGAAUUAAUCAUCUAUAAAUAGAAGAAAAUAUAAAUAACUUAAAUCCGAAUACGUAAAAAUUUUGAAAUCUACUUUACCCAGAAUUUAUUAUUCGGCAAUUUAGUUAAAAGCACGUGGUUUUUUUUGUCUAAAAAUGGUCCGCAAACUAAAGUUUCAUGAGCAAAAGCUCCUCAAAAAAGUAGACUUUAUCUCGUGGAAAGUUGACAAUAAUUUAAACGAGGUGAAAGCUAUGAAAAAGUAUUAUAUACAAAAGCGCGAAGAUUAUACCAAGUAUAAUAAGUUAGCACGAGAAAUACGCGAGCUUGCAAACAAAAUAAAAGAUUUAGAUGCUAACACUGAAUUCAGAACUGAGGCGAGUGCACAGCUUUUGGAAAAGUUGUACCAAAUGGGGCUCAUCCCAACCAGAUGGGAUUUGGCACUUGCAAGCAAUGUUUCGGCCAGCUCUUUCUGCAAAAGACGACUACCAGUUGUUAUGAAGAGAAAUAAAAUGUCAGAGUACCUAAAAGAAGCUACAAAACUCAUAGAACAGGGUCAUGUUAGGGUGGGUCCAGAGGUUGUGAAGGACCCUGCGUUUUUGGUGACAAGAUCACUGGAAGACUUUGUGACGUGGGUUGAUGGGUCCGCUAUCAGGAAACAUGUUAUGGAGUACAAUGAAAUGAGAGAUGAUUUUGACAUGGUUUGAAAUAACAACUUUUUUGCACUCAUGCUAGAGAGCAACAACAAUGAAUACCAGUCAUGACUUUACUAUAAUCUACAAUGUGCAGUUCUGGCUAAUAAUUAAACUACUAACUAUGCUUAAUUGAAAAGGAAAUUGGAAUAAAAGUCAUAAAAUUGUAAAUAUGUACAACAUAGAGAUAAAUAUAUUUAACAAUUGAUAUGAA